CGCUGCAUUUCUUGGCACCCAAAUUCCCCGUGGGCUCAUGGCAACCCCAGAUAUUAGCAAAUCAAAAGGCUAAUUUAGCUUUCGGUUGCCUGCCAAUGCUGCACGUUGAGUUUCCUGUUAUGCAUGGAAACCCGAGGAUGUGGCGAUUAUAAUCCGGAGUUCGUUACUUUACUUUCUCCAGUCUUCUAUAUAAAGGUAGGCUCUUGACGUACAGACUAUCCCCAGAUUCCCCCAUUCUUUCAUUUGAGCUGUACAGUAAAUAUGAAGACCAACACAAUCGCCACGGCGGUCACGCUGGGCGCUAGUACCUCGUCAGUAUGGGGUCAAUCUCUCACGGUCGAUAUGAUUGACAAAAUGGCCAACAACACACUCUUUACACGAUGGAGGCCGACUUCGCAUUUCCUUGCUCCGGCAGGAUGGAUGAAUGAUCCUUGUGGACCGAUGUAUGACCCGGUUCAGAAUCUCUACCAUUUGCACUACCAAUUCCACCCCAACCAUGUAAACUGGGGUAAUAUCUCCUGGGGACACGCAACGUCCCCCGAUCUCAUUACGUGGACUGAUGUCGACCAUCUUCCCAAUGACGAAGUCCCUGCCUGGAAAGACGACCAAGCACAAUCAAUCGGCACAACCAAUAUCACCAGCAAACACCACCCUUCUCUUUACAACCACUUGGGAAUUUUCUCGGGCACCAGCCACUCCGUCAACCUUACUGGUGGUGUCGAUGGCACUAUUCUGACCUUCUACACGUCCGUGUCGCGCCUCCCUACAUCAUGGAGUCAGCCAUACCUCACAGGUACCGAAAGUCAAAGUCUUGCCUACUCCACCGAUGGUGGAAUUACCUGGGAGCAAUACGAGAACAACCCCAUUCUCUCCGAUCCCCCCGCCGACUGGAACAUCACGGGCUGGCGUGAUCCCUUCUUCGAGCCUUGGCCACAGAUGGACGCGUUCCUCAACCUGUCCGAGCCUCACUGGUAUGCGGUCCUCGGCUCCGGUAUCAAGGAGGUUGGUCCUCGGAUGCCUCUAUACCGUGCCCCGGCUUCGGACCUUACCAACUGGACAUUCUUGGGCGCUCUCUGGGAACCGGAGAAGAACAGCACCCUGGGCUCGCUCGAGGAGACUGGUUCCUACGGGUUCAAUUUCGAGCUGUCGAACUUCUUCUCGAUUGGUGAUCGGUACUUUGUCAGUAUGGGUGCCGAAGGAGGCAAUGUCAGUUUCCAUCAGCAGAGGUGGUCUCUGUGGAAUGAGGGAACUUUAUCCGUGAGGGCGAAUGGAAGCGUUGCUUUCGAACCCGUUGCUGGCGGUGCAAGUGAUUGGGGUCUGCUGUACGCGUUGACCACUUUCAACGAUACCAAGAAGAACCGCCGAAUCCAAUGGGGCUGGGCUCCAGAGGACAUGAACAGCUAUGCCAUCACGCAGCAAGGCUAUCAAGGAUCCCUCGCAUUACCUCGGGAAAUCUUCAUCAAAGACACCCCCAACGUGAUCCACAGUCUCACCAACAGCACGGCUCCGGGCAACGCACGCUACUUUGCCAACUCAAAUGGCACCUGGACAGCCAGCACCCUCGGUGUCCGCCCAGCACCGGACGUUGUCAAGGGCCUCCGUCACGGAUCUAACCAUACCCGCUACCCAUGCCACAAAAACAAAUGCGACACCAAAAAGAUCACCCUACCCAUCAAGCUCUCCAAGUCAUACCAGCUAGACGUGGACAUCAAGCAAACCACCGGAAUCGCAGGAGUGACCAUCGCCGCCUCUCCCGACCGCGAAGAAUACACAAACAUCUUCUUCAACCCGUCCAACAACAGCAUCGCCGUCGACCGCAGCCACUCCUCCCUCAUCGCUGAGUUCGCCAACUCCACGCACGAGGGUUACUUCAAGCCGUACACCCUGCGAGGCAAGAACGGGAAGAAUACCACCGAGUCCAUCCAGAUGAGCAUCUUCGUCGACGGUUCUCUAGUCGAGGUGUACGUCAACGAGCGUUUCGCUCUGACGACUCGUAUCUAUCCCAGUCGUGAGGAUAGUACCGGAAUCGCGCUGUACUCGGCUGCGGAUGCGAAGGUGGAAUACUCCAGGGUCGAGAUCUGGGAUGGUCUGUUGAAUGUGUGGCCGGAAAGGCCGGAGAAUAGCAGCUCGCUUCUUGUAUGGGAUACUGCGGCUGAGACGGGGGAUUACGUCUGGUGGACAGGAAACUGAGACAGGAUGUGUGAGGGGGGGACGGUGAGGAGCUUGUGUAACAUUGUUUGUCAAUGGAUCAGGAUAGAAAAACUCGAGAAUUUCAAAAACAAUUUUCAACAACAAAACAAUAUCUACUUCCAUGAAUUGAACCCUUGACCUCUGUCUGCCAUACAAACUUGUGUCGUGGUCACGAUGAACCUCAUCCAAAUGCUUACAGUCUUCAAAUCCUUUUUCUACCCCAGCCACCAACGCUUAUAGAUUUUAUUAAAAGGGUCUAUAAUUCUCUCC